AUGAAAACAAAAUUGAAUGACAUAUUGACCAUCGUACAAUUCAGUAGAGCAUCUCACCAAAAAAACUUGAAAGUGCUGCAAAAAUACUAUGAGAAGAUUCCUCUGGAUGAAUUUGUGGAAGAGAUAUGCACCUCUUUGAAGAAAAUAUUGUGCACAAAUCUGAUCAAAAACGAAAAUGUUCAAAGGACUCUGGACUUUCUUGCACAAUUCAUAUCUGCUGUGACACCAGUGGAUGUAGAAGAGGAAGCUUUUUUGGGCGGAGACGCUCCUCAUCCAUUUCUAACUAGAAUCAUAGUAGAAACCCUGAAGUAUCACGAUGUGGCGUACGACUUCGUCCGAUACAACUCCUGCCUGUUCAUCAGACUCAUAUUGCAUCGCAUCGGCCACGACACCAAUUUGGACAACGAAGUGUGCGACUUGAUCGAGGAGGCCAUGCUAGAGCGAACGCAGGACCCCAAAGCCUCGGUUCGGCUGCAAGCAGUGAUGGCUUUACUUCGGUUACAAGUGCCUACAAACCCAGACUGCCCCGUAAUUUCUGCAUUCCUUUCCAUGAUAACGGAUAGUAAUGCUGCGGUGAGAGCUGAAAUUGUGAAAACCAUCGCACCCUACAUCGGUACCAUACCGCAAAUCGUGAAACGACUUCGAGACGUCGAUCCUACAGUACGCAUCAUCGCUUUCAGAAGGUGUGCUGAUCUCGGUCCGAAAUACUUCAAAAUCGUCGAACGCCAGCACAUCCUGAAAUGCGGCCUGUGCGAAAACCAUCCCAAAGCGAAGAAAGUCUUUAUGGAAAAUCUGCUGGUUAAAUGGUUGAAUGCUUAUGGCGAGAAUUACGUGGAGUUUUUGAAGGCGCUGAAAUUGGACGGCGACGAGAGCGACAUAGCUAAUACUCAGGAGAUCAGCAAAAGGAUUAUGACCGUACUACUCGAUAAUGUCCAAAUAACUAAUGUAUCUGAAGUUCUAUCAUUGGAAAACAAAUUGAUUCCUUUGAAGAACUUGUCGAGCGAGACUUCCGCUCUGUGGAACAUAUCUGUCGCCUAUUUGAGGCAACACGAGGAAUUGGAAGAAUAUUUGGAAAAGAUGAUACCUGAAUUGACGUCGUUUUCCAAUUAUAUCGAGAGUCUAUCGACAAAGGUAAAAGAAAGGCAAAUGGAGGAUUGGGAGAAUUUGGAUUACCAGGAGACCUUGAUCAAUCUCUUCGAAAUAGUCGAGGGCUUCGAUCUAUCUGAUGAAGUCGGUAGGAAAACCCUCUACCAGUUAACCUUGAAAUUGUUGAAGGAGGAUAAUUUGCAGUUCAAGGUGAAGAAAAAAAUGAUGUUGAUAGCGGCCCAAGUGGCCCCGAAAUCCGAAUGUUUCAUAACUACGGUGUGUCACAUAAUAUCUGACAUUCAAGAGCCGCUGAUAGAGUCGCCUUGCAUGUCUGUCAUUCCGGCCCCUGCCGAUGACAUUAAUAAAGAUUGUCUCAAAGCCGAGCUCAAAGUGAAAAUAAUCAAGCUCUCCUCCCAAUUGGAAGACGCCACCGACAACCAGGAGUUCCUAAAAGCCGACAGCUUAAAAAAAGAAAUCGACAAAUUGAAAACGGAAAUGGAGGAACUAACUGCCGUCCCUGCACCCCCACCCCAAGUCGAAGUAGCCAAAGUGUCAAAAGACGACCCGAAAACCACGUGCCAAUGUUUGGAUUUGCUGAUCGCCCUGUUGGAAUUGCCUAGCACGAAGAAGAUGACUCCUUCUUUGAGUGCUCUUAAGGAUGAGUUUGUCAUGCCUUUGUUGGAGACGAAUGUGGUUGAGGUUAAUUCCAGGGUACUCAAUUGUCUGGCAGUGUAUUGUUUCAUCGACGAGAGUCUGGUUGAGCAGUGUGUCAAGAUUCUUUCGAUUCCGAUAAUAACGUACCGAAAAAUCCCGAACUACAACAAAAACGCCCUCUUGAUAUCGGUGAAAGCGAUCGCCGAUCUGUUCCACCAGUACGGCGAAAACAUUUUCGGCGGCGUUGCCGAUACCACCAAUAACACCACGAGCUCGACCAAUCCUAACAGGAGAAGGCUGUACAACGAUAACAGUGAUGACAGUUUCUGCGGUGAUUCUCCCGGCAGGUUCCAUUUGGAAUCGAUCAUCGAGGUUAUGUUGGACAUGCUAGAUGACGAGGUUUCAGAAAUCCGGGAGACUGCUGUGGCAGCGAUCACGAAAUUGGCCAUGAACAACUUUCCUGUCACUUCUCCUUUGAUCACACGUAUUGUAUUGAAAUGGUACAAUCCUUUAACAGUGAACGGCUCCGACAAUCUGCAACAACUACUCGGAAUGCUGAUUGUGAACUAUACGAACUGCGUGAAAGGCGCCCGAGAGGUGAUCGUGAAAGCGGUGGUGCCGAUACUCAACAGCAUCGCGAACGCGCCCAACACGAGCCCUUUGGCCGACGUGGAUGUCGACAACCUUUUGCGGUUCUUGGCCGUCAUCACCAAUGCGGACGACAAGAAGGAAUUGGCAAGCACGCAUCUCGCCAUGGCGCACAUGUUCUGCUACGAAAUGGUGAAGAAGAAGAACGCCAGCAUCGUGCACUAUCUGAGCAAGAUGAUGCUGCUGUUGGAGAUCCCGUCGGAGAAUAGUGCGUUGGCCAAGGAGUUGGUGGCGCAGCUCGAAGUGCUCUUGGACGAGGAGAACAACUCGCUGGACAAAUCAUCCAGAAGAAACCUCGUCAAGUUUCUGACGAGGUUGAAAAUCAGCAUCGAAGAAACGCAAAAUGCAACUAGAGACGGUCCACUAGAAACCAUCGCUGAAGAAACAAGCGAAAACAACGUCAACGUUGAAAAUCAAAACCAAGAAGAAGAACCAAGCGAAGCAAUCGAAAAUCCGGUCGCGAUAGAAGAAAACUUGGAUAAAGACAAAGAAAAAACAGUGGAAGACAGUCCACUGAGUGGAUCCAGCGACCUAAUUUCGAGUUCUAGUAGCGGCAAUAAAGACACUAGCAUCGAAAAUGACAUUUCCCCAUCUUCAGAACAAGCGACCAAUGUAGCCGUGACAGAAAACAAGAAAAAACGGCCUAGGCGAUCGGCAAACGACGCUUUGUUGAGCUCCAGCGAGACAGACGACGAGGCCAAAAAGACAGUUCAAAAAAGAAAGAGCAAGAGACUGAAAGUCUGUACUUCAAGGCUGAAAACUCCUACGAAAUUGAAACAUAGAGAGAGGAGUAAAGGACCUUUGAACGAAUCCAUCAAUGGGGAAGUAGGAUUGACCAAUGGGGAAGUAGGAUCGACUAAUGGGGAAGUAGAAAACGAGGAUCCAGGAAGGAAAUCGCCGGCGAGAAAUGCUUUGAGGCGGUCAGGGAGAAUCGAGAGGGAAAACGGGAAGGUGACUGGUGUUAGGUAUGGUGGAAAAAGGAAGGGAAACAAUCUUUCAAUUGACAUCAGUGAUUCAGACGCAGAAAAAGAAAUAACGUCAAACUCAGAUAAGGUGAUGUCAAAUAUAAAAGAUAAAGAUGAUUCGAAUGAGUAUAAUGAGUUGGAACCAAUGAAGAGGAACUUGAAAGCGACAAUUAUUGUGGCCAAUGAUUCUGGGAAAAACAGUCCGAUUGGAGGAUCCAGUAAUAUCAAUCGUAGCGCUAAUGAAGACACCACCAGUGAUGAGAUUAUCGCCAUAUUAUCACCUAAAACGGCGAAGAACUACAGAAUAUCGAGUCUCAACGCAACUGACGAUGAGGCUAAGAAAAAGAAUCUGAAUAUAAUGAGCAAGAAGCUAAAAGUUUGUAUAACAACACUUGGAACGUCUAGAUAUGAAGGUAAAGACACCACCAGCAAAAGAGUCAUUUCCUCAUUACCCAAAAGUGGGGUGAAAAGAAACAACAAAACACAAUCGAGGCUCCAGAAAAAACACAUGUUGUCGAGAAAAAUGAAUCAAGAUAUGUUUGGCAAGAGUCUGAGAGUUUGCAUAGCGACGCUUGGAGAGUCCAGGGAUAUCAAUUCGAACUCCACUAGCACCAAUGAGGACACCAACACUAAAAGAGUCAUCGAAUCAUCACCCAAAAAUGUGGCAACUGCGGACGUGACGUCAAACAACAAAGCAACAUCGAAACUCCUGGGAAAACACACAAUAUCGAAUAAGUUGAAUAAAAAAAUGAUGACAAAGAAUCUAAAAAUUUGCAUAGCGACACUCAAAGAAUCCAGAGAUGUUAAUUCCAACUCCAGUAGCAAUAAUGAUGGCAUCACCACUAAAAGUGUCUUUGAAUCAUCACCCAAAAAUGUGGCAACUGUGUUCGCGACGUCAAACAACAAAACACCAUCGAAGCUCUUGAAGAAGCACACAAUAUCGAAGAAGGUGAAUGUGAAAAUGAUGAGCAAAAGUCCGAAAAUUCGCAGAGUGAAACUUGGAGAAUCCAGAGAUGUAAAUUCGAGUUUCAAUAGCGUCAAUGAAGACACCUCUAGUAGCCAUUGUGAAGACAGCAUUCGCAAAAAAGUCUCAUCACCCAGAAUAGUGGCUAGGUUAGAAGUGACAGAUAACAAAACAACAUCUAGGAUCGCGAAAAAACACAGAACAUCAAGUUCCAGCAAAAUAGACGAUGGGCUUAAAAAAGUAAAUAUGAACUUGAGCAAAAGGCAAAGCUGCAUUUCAAUAGGGAAAGCUCAUACGAGAAGGAAACAUGAGACAGUUAGUAGAGGAAGGAAACAUAGUGAAUGUGGAAGAACGAUAGCUGUCAGUACAGUGGAUAGUAGGUCGCGGAAUGGUCGAAAAGGGCGAGAAAACAAUGAAACGGUCGAUAGCAGCGAUUCUGAGACCACAAACAAAAAGAGGCCGAAAUUAGAUAGAGUGUUGCUGAAUAAUGGAGAUAAUGGGUUGAUUUCCUUGAAAAAAAGUAUGAAAGCGAAGGAUCGGAUCAACAAGGCAAAAUCCAAACAGGAUAAGGGAAAUAAAGAUGAGAGUACUGCUAUCAAUAAUCAAGAAAAUAAUGAAAGGCUCAGUAGAGUGAAACGGAUCACAAGAAAUGGUAGUAAACUUUCCGAAGAACUGAAUUCUUCGACUGAGACCAUCCUUCAUACCAUUCUUCAUGAUAUUUCAGAGAUGUCAGUUCUACAGGACGUCUCAUCAUUCGAAUCGUCACCAAACCAGUCCAUCAUCUCGCGAAAGAGUCUCAGAUUGUCUUCUAAGGAGAGUUCUAAUGAAGGCUCGCCCAUCAUCAAACCUAUGCCGAAAAGGGUGGACAGGGUGAUGAAGGAAAAACCGGCAUACGCGAAUGUUCCACCAAAACGUUCCACAAGAAAUAUGAGGAAUAAAUAA